AUGCGCGUUUUGUACCCAACUCCGCUGCUCUGCGCAACGGCUGUGGCUGCCGUACCUUACCAACAAUACAUCCUUGCUCCUCCCUCGCGAACUCUUCGACCCGUCGCCGUACGGCUCCAAAGCGGUUCACUUUCCGCUGCAACUGCUCUUUUAGACAGCCAGGUUUCCCUCAGUCUCAUCUUAGAUACCUUCAACUCCUCGGUAACAUACGACUUUGGCAAAAAUAUCGCCGGCUCGGUCAACUUCAAUACAACCUCGAACGGCGGGGCGGUCGGUUUCACCUUCACCGAAAGCUCUCUGUGGAUUUCUGCAGAUGCAUCCGACGCCACGGCGGACGCGGGAUUGGACGCACCUCUCGUGUUCAACCUUACGGGUGCGGGACAUUAUGCGCCUCCUACUGACAGGGAGCGUGGCGCGUUCCGCUAUCUAACGGUCGUCAACCUCGGUCCCGGCCAGGUCUCCAUCAACGACCUCUGGGUGCAUUUCACGGCGAUGCCGCAUUGGAGAGCCGACUCAUUGCGGAACUACACAGGAUGGUUCCAUUCUAACGACGAGAAGCUGAACCGGGUGUGGUACGCUGGGGCGUACACCAAUCAACUCGUGACGAUCGACCCGACCCGUGGCGACGCUCUCAACUAUCUCAAUGUAAUUACGAGCAAUUCGACAGUCACCGGUACACUGGACUGGUGGCUGAACACGACCAUCACGAAUGGCACUUCCACUUUGACCGAUGGCGCGAAACGGGACAGGCUGGUGUGGAGCGGGGACAUUUCUAUCGCAGUCCUGGGUAUCGCAGUCACGACGUUCGACCUCAUCUCCGUCAGGAACGCUCUCGACUCGCUCUACGACCUCCAAAACGGCAGUGGGCUCCUCCCGUACGCCGGUUACCCUUUCAACGAGCUCGGGAUCGUCUCUUUCACGUAUCACUUAUAUGCCCUCAUCGGUGUCGAGAGCUUCUUCCACUACACCGGCGACCAGUCCUACCUUGGUGGGAAGUGGUCGCAGUGGAAAGCAGGUCUGGAAUGGGCGGCGGCACAGAUCGAUGACACGGGCCUCGCGAACGUUACCGCGUCUGCCGACUGGCUGCGCUUUGGCAUGGGCGGGCACAACAUCGAAGCGAACUCUAUCCUGUUCUACACCCUCAACCUCGGCGUCGCCCUCGCCCAGAUCCAAAACAACACCACGACGGCCGACCGUUGGGCGCAGCUCGCGGCGGGGAUUCAGGCUGCAGCGAUCCCGCUGCUGUGGCAGCCAGAUGUCGGGCUGUUUAGGGACAACGAGACGACGACGCUCGCGCCACAGGAUGGGAAUGCAUGGGCAGUGAAGUCGGGGCUCGUCACGAACACGUCGCAGGUGGUGCAGAUCUCAAACGCGCUGCAGGCGCGGUGGGGCCAGUACGGGGCGCCCGCACCGGAGGCGGCGGACGCGGUGUCCCCUUUCAUCUCUGGGUUCGAAUUGGAGAUGCACUUUGCGGCGAACCGGACGACGGCGGCGCUCACCCUGAUCCGUAAUAUGUGGGCGGACUUCAUGCUUGAUGACCCGCGGAUGACGAACAGCACGUUCAUCGAGGGGUACUCUACGAGCGGAGAGCUGCAUUAUGCGCCGUACACGAACGAUCCGCGGAUCUCGCACGCACAUGGGUGGGGAACGGGGCCUACGAGCUCGCUCACGACAUAUGUCGGCGGCAUCCAGCUUGUGGGCGCGGCGGGAGCUACGUGGGCGAUCGUGCCUCAGGUGGGCGACUUGACGCACGUCGAUGCCGGGUUCUCGACCACUCUCGGUCGCUUCUCGUCGAAGUGG